AUGGAGAAACAAAGCCAAGUUGUGGUGUUUGGGAUAUGGGCCAGCUCCUACUGCAAGAGAGUUGAGAUAGCCCUUGCACUCAAGGACAUACCUUAUGAGUAUGACGAAGCUUUUCAAGAAGUGGUAGCAGUGAUUUUCAGCCCUGAAACGAACCCAACAUUUUGGUCGUGGGUAACUGCUCUAAAGAACCACCCAUUGAUGAAACGGAUGCUCCCACCUCAUGAUAAGCUGGUCGCCAAGAGGAGACAAAAUAAACAAUAUCAUGAAGCAGUUGUGGAUAAUGUCUCUCCAUCAACCAUAUAUGGUGCUGAGCAUCUUUUACGGCUCUUUGGUAGGCUCUUUGUUAAGUUGCCUGAGCUUUUGGCAUAUGUGAAUAUUGAAGAGGAAACGCUGACAUGCUUGCAGCAGAAAUUACUUGAUUUUCUCAAAAUGUGCAGGAUCUCUGUCAGAUCACUUGAAGUUCUACUUGCAGGAAUUAUUUUGUAA